UGUUGGAGGUUGGAGCCUCUGGGCGCCAUGAGCAUUACAGUUGUCUGGGUCAGCGGGAGGAAAAAGAGGGAAAAAAUAAUAAAGCACAAAGGGAUGGAGGAGAGAACGGAGAGAGCAUCAGAGGAGGACAUGUGCAAACACUGAUAACAGCAGGACAAUUCAAUUUGCUCUGGUGUUUGGGGUAAUUGUGCACGCGAUGAAGACAACACAGUGCUGCCCCCGCGGUAUCGUCACGGAAACGCCAAUUAAUGUGGAUCAGAGAGGGUCGGAUGCUGAAUCACAGAUGAAAUGAGUGAUUGUCGACCGUGACGCAGACACUGAGCACGAGAUCAUACACACACACACACACACACACACACACAGAGUGAGGUGCGUUUGGUCUUCUGUACUUCUACUGCACAUCACAGUGACGGACAUGUUGCUGCACUGAGAAAACAUUUACGUUUGUCAUUAGGAGAACGAUUCCUUGGCUGCUCAGUCAUCUACAUCAUGUGAUCACUCAGCACUACACACACCUCUGACACCUCUGCUCUGAUUUUAUGCUUUCUCUGUAGUCCAUUUUUAACUUAUUUUAUUUAUUUAUUUAUUUAUUUAAUUUUUUUCUUGUUACUGUUUUAUUAAUUUAUUCCAUCUUUAAUGGUUUUAACAUGUUUUCUUUUCAGGUUUUUCCAUCUGUUGUGAUUUAACCGGUGGUAAAGCACUGUGCUGCAUUUCUUGAAUGAAAGGUGCUAUACAAAUAAAGUUCAUUAAUAUUAUUAUUUUUUUUUUUUUAUUACAGCAUGUUCAGUAUUGCUGGUGAAUAUAUCAGUAGAAUUGACAGUUUCACUUUUCUGUUCAUGAAAGUUGUUCCACUGUAUUGAGAGAACUGCAUCACUUCUCAGCUAAAUCCAUAUUCAUAUCCAAAUACAAGUGAAGCUCAUCCUGUCUCUAGUUUGAUAAAUAUAUUGGUUUGUAUUAGGACUGUUUGUCUCCUGAAAACAUCAGCAAACAGCAAAGAGGUCGACACCUGCAACCAAAGGGAUCAGUUAUCUAAACACUGAUAUGGACUUUGUGCUGUUGUUAUCUGUUUAUGGUGAGUAAGUCUGGAUAUUUCCAGUCUGGAUAUUUCUCAUACUCUGAACUUUAUGUUGUCAAAGCCUGAUAACCCUCCCUCUUCUUCCUGCUCUCAAACACAGCCAGCUCCACUCUGUCCAUGUAUUUCCUUGUUCCCUCCCCUUCAGAUCUACAGUUUGAAGAUGGGUGGAACCAACAUGUGGUAGAGGCCUGUUCACUGCAGAGACACAUGUUGUUCAGAUCAGAGCUCAAACUGGUUUCAGUUCUGAGGAAGUGAAACUCAGACAGUCGUUGACACUGAGAGGUGACAUGGCGCAGAAAGGAGUUCAGCUGGACCGGGAGACCUUCUCUUGUUCCGUCUGUCUGGAUCUACUGAAGGAUCCGGUGACUAUUCCCUGUGGACACAGCUACUGCAUCAGCUGUAUUAAAAGCUUCUGGGAUGAAGAGGAUCAGAAGAGAAUCCACAGCUGCCCUCAGUGUAGGCAGACCUUCACACCGAGGCCUGUCCUGGUGAAAAACACCAUGUUAGCGGUUUUAGUGGAGGAGCUGAAGAAGACUGGACUCCAAGCUGCUCCUGCUGAUCACUGCUAUGCUGGACCUGAAGAUGUGGCCUGUGAUGUCUGCACUGGGAGAAAACUGAAAGCUGUGAAAUCCUGUCUGGUUUGUCUGGCCUCUUACUGUGAGAAACAUCUCCAACCUCAUAUUGAAUCCCCUACAUUUAAGAAACACAAGCUGGUGGAGCCCUCCAAGAAGCUCCAGGAGAACAUCUGCUCUCGUCAUGAUGAGGUGAUGAAGAUGUUCUGCCGCACUGAUCAGCAGUGUAUCUGUUAUCUCUGCUCUGUGGAUGAACAUAAAGGCCACGACACAGUCUCAGCUGCAGCAGAAAGGACUGAGAGGCAGAGAGAGCUCCAGCUGAGUCGACAACAAAUCCAGCAGAGAAUCCAGGACAGAGAGAAAGAUGUGAAGGUGCUUCAACAGGAGGUGGAGGCCAUCAAUGGCUCUGCUGAUAAAGCAGUGGAGGACAGUGAGAAGAUCUUCACUGAGCUGAUCCGUCUCAUGGAGAAAAGAAGCUCUGAUGUGAAGCAGCAGAUCAGAUCCCAGCAGAAAACUGAAGUGAGUCGAGUCAAAGAGCUUCAGGAGAAGCUGCAGCAGGAGAUCACUGAGCUGAAGAGGAAAGACGCUGAGCUGAAGCAGCUCUCACACACAGAGGAUCACAACCAGUUUCUACACAACUACCCCUCACUGUCACGACUCAGUGAAUCUACAGACUCAUCCAGCAUCAAUAUCCGUCCUCUGAGAUACUUUGAGGACGUGACAGCAGCUGUGUCACAGCUCAGAGAGAAACUACAGGACAUUCUGAGAGACACAUGGACAAACAUCUCACUGACACUGACUGAAGUGGAUGUUUUACUGUCACAACCAAAGCCCAGGACCAGAGCUGACUUCUUAAAAUAUUCACAGGAAAUCACACUGGAUCCAAACACAGCAAAUACACUUCUGUUAUUAUCUGAGGGAAACAGAAAAGCAACAGUAAUGAGUCAACAACAGUCUUAUUCUAGUCACCCAGACAGAUUCACUUCAUAUUGGCAGGUCCUGAGUAGAGAGAGUCUGACUGGACGUUGUUACUGGGAGGUGGAGUGGAGAGGAGAAAGAGUUUAUGUAGCAGUCGCAUACAAGAAUAUCAGCAGAGCAGGGAGCUCAAAGGAAUGUAGAUUUGGAUACAAUCACAAAUCAUGGGCGUUAGAUUGUAACCAAAACAGUUUUUCAUUUAGUUUCAACAACAUCAGCACUCCAGUCUCAGGUCCUCGGUCCUCCAGAGUAGGAGUGUACCUGGAUCACAGAGCAGGUGUUCUGUCCUUCUACAGCGUCUCUGAAACCAUGACUCUCCUCCACAGAGUCCAGACCACAUUCACUCAGCCUCUCUAUGCUGGACUUCGGUUUUACUAUUAUGGAGACACAGCAGAGUUGUGUAAACUGAAAUAGACAGAAGUGAGUUCAAAUGUGUGUUUGAGUUCCUAAAUGUAUUUUGUGUCUUUGUGUUUGUUGCUGAGUCAUCGUCAGCACUUUGACCUCUUCUGGUUUCUUGUUGUGUUGAUGUUGGAGUUUCUUUAGGUGGAGCUGGAGCCAUGGAGGAUUUCACUGCUCAGGAACAUUUGUGUUGAUGUGUUUGUCUGUUGUUGUUUGGGCCUUAACAGAGAAAUCACCAGACCUUCCUUUAUCACAGAUGUGUUGUUCUCACUGUGUAAAGACAGAAAUCUAUAAUUACAUUUACAUUUAUGUGUUUGUCAGAUCAAAUGUUGUUGUUGUUUAAAUCCACUUACAAAUAAGAUGUGAGGUUUUAUCAAACUGUAACUAUCAUGAUAAUAAUCAGUGAGGAGAUGAUUCAUUAUUUUCUUUUCCCUCUCUGAGAUUCAGGUGAAACAAACUGAAUGUGUGGAUGAAGUGAAUCUGUUCAUGAAAUCACUGAACGAGAGUCAUUGAACAGACUUUACUGACUCAGUGUGUGAACAAACUGAAGCUUCACGUCAUGAAUAAAGUUGAUUUUCCUCAAGAAUCAAUCAAACGU